AUGCAGCGUUCUGAUUACCUCCACCGUGAGCUGAGUGCCAUCGCAGAGAAAUUCACCAAUAUCCGCAUUACUCCUUGGCGCUAUGCAACGAUCUGGGGCGGAGCUAGUCUACUUCAGGUCUAUGUUAGAGCUAUGGAGGAUCUGCUUCAAAUGAACGAUGUUAAAUGGGACUUCUUCAUCAAUCUCAGCGAGUCAGACUUUCCCAUCAGAACUAAUGAGCUCCUGGUUGGCUUUCUGUCAAAGAAUCGAAGAUACAACUUUCUUAAAUCUCAUGGUCGAGAUGAUAGCAGUCGAUUCAUUAAGAAGCAAGGACUGGACCGAUUGUUUUAUGAAUGUGAUAACCACAUGUGGCGUAUCGGUGACAGGGAGCUACCUAAAGGCAUUCACAUGGAUGGCGGAUCGGACUGGAUUACUGUUAAUUACGAGUUCUCAAAAUACAUCGCACAAGGCAAUGAUAGUCUGCUCAAUGGACUCAAACAAUUCUACAAAUAUACUCUCCUCCCAGCUGAGUCUUUUUUCCAUACAGUGCUCCAGAACAGUAAACUCUGCAAUACUCUGGUGGAUAACAAUCUUAGAGUGACUAACUGGAAGAGAAAACUUGGUUGCCAAUGUCAAUAUAAAGAGAUUGUGGAUUGGUGUGGAUGCUCACCUAAUGACUUUAAACCAGCAGAUUUCUACAAAAUCAAAACGACGCGUCCAGCAUAUUUUGCCCGUAAAUUUGAGCCUGUCAUUAACCAAGAGGUGAUAAAUCAGCUUGAUACUUGGCUUUAUGGCAACUAUCCCGUCGGUACACCGGGUGUUGAUAUCUACUGGCAGAAUAGCUUCCAUGAAGAGGAUACACGCACUGUGGCCUCAGAUGGAGAGAAAACUUUCUACCAUGCCAUUGUGAGACUUAUGGCCAAGUAUAUCAACAUAGCAGUCAAGGGGGGUGUGCAGGAGAAGGAAUGUCGGUUCAAAGUGAUGCCUCAACCCUACCAAGUCCACUAUCUAUUCCAACGGGACAAGUUUCAAGGGCUGGUAGCAUCGGUCAAAGGUUAUGCAGAAAAUGGACAGUCAACUCUAAUGGAAGCAUGGUUAUCGCCUCAGAAACAAUUCAGAGUAGUCAACGAGAUUGGCCCCUACAAACGGCUUCUUAGUAUGGAGGUUGGACUGGUCUUUGAUCCCAAAGAGCGAGUCUUCCGCAAGUUUGAGGGGGUGAUUGGACCUCAUGAUGACCCAACAAUCUUCAUCAGAUGGAGUCUAGGAGAAGCUUUCACUGUAACCCUCACGUGGUUUGACCCCACCGAUCACAUCGCCGCAUCGUUUGAUACCGGCGUCGAGCACGAUAGGGAGGAAACACAUCACAAACCUGAGUUCAAUAAACCUUUACGUCCUGGUCGCUGGACCGUUAGACUACUCUUCAACUGGAUGAUCGUCACAGAAGUCGACUUUCUUGUUGUACCUCUUUCAAUUAAAAACGGCAUUACAAUCAAAGGAGAAGGUGGUUAUCAAAUCAAUAACGGUCCUCCGAAUAAUGCCUAUGUUUCCAAGGACUUCUCCGCCAUGCGCUACAUGUUUACGCUUCGUGACACGCCUGUGUUGCUGGCAGAAGCCAAUGAGAGAGCCCGUAAACAAGGCUCAGAGUUGUUAGAGUGGAUAGACUCUGAGAUAGAGCACUUUUGGAAUGUCAUGGCAUUCUGUACAUCUUAUCCAUCGCAACCAAUUAGAACAAAGAUGAGUGACUUUGAAGAAGACGAGGAGGCUGAGCAACAACAAUGCGAACAAUUUAGGCCGUGUGAACAACAGCAUUGGAGCUCCCUUUCUCCAGAUCCCAAGUCCGAGCUUGGACUUAUAAAACCAAAUGGAAGGAUUAGAUGAUAUCACUGUAUAUUGCCGUUUCUAUGCUUGCCAAUUCUGCAGUACUUUUCACAGUCACAAAAUGAUAUAUAUAUAUACUUUCUAUUUGAGAAACUGCAAAUCAACCCUUUUUUAAAACUAGGUUUAGAAAUGAAAUAUGUGGAUUUAUAACAUGAUGAAGUGUCUUAUGUAUUGUGAUGUCUGUAUCUAGGUUGGAGUUGCAGAUAAGAAGUCUACAUCAUUACACGUCUGUAUAUGUGUGAUCAAAUACAUACUCAUAAUAGAUUGUCAUGUUGAGACUCAGUUUCUUUCUUGGUAUUAUUUUCAAACUCCUCGUCUUCCAAAAUGGACUCCAACUCAACCAAAUGUAGGAUUUAUAUUUUAUUCUAUUGAUUACAGAAUUAUUUAAAUCCCUUAGAUGAAGUUCAGGCAUCCUCUGCAUCCAGUAGGCAAUGAGUUAAAUGUAAGGUUCAGUAGUAGGGUAGUUCAUGCUUUGGAUAUCUACCUACUUUGCCAUGUGAAUUAAAAAUUAAAAUAACCAUUUCAUUGCUAGCAAAUAAAAAAAUGAAAAUUGUUGAAGUUAUUAAUUGAGUAAAUUGGUUUAGAAAUUGCUGAGAUAUCAGAGACAAACAUAACUGCUUUGUAGAACAAGCGACAUCUGUUUAUGCGACACUUAUAAGUAGUGUGCUCAUUGAUGCAAGGAGCCACUGGCUUGAGUGCCUGCAAAGGUAGUUUUUUUAACCUCUGAUCUAAAAAUAUGGUUUAUGAAGAUUUCAUGUGUACAUUUACACUGAAUUCAUAUUGAGAAACAGUCCAAUAAUAUGCAUCUGGCUGAAUUUGAGCUAGUUAUUAUGGUUACAGCAUUAAACGAGCACACUUUUUUUUAAUUAAUGAGCCCACUGAUCACAUAAAAUUCGUUGAACAUACACAGUGGGACUAUUUAUGCUGAAACUAUAGUAACAAGCAUGAAUUUAUUGUCAUGUGACAAACGCAUGCAUUCAUUAUUUGACUCUUGCUCAAUAUAUACUUAAUCAAGAGUAAUUGAUACACAUAGGCCCGUAUUCUGAAGUCAAGUUUAACUUAGACCACGGUCUAACUCUGUACUAAAAUUAUGGGAGGCCAAGAAAUCAAAAAUUACUUUUAUAUUUUAUAUUUCUUAUGUUUGAUAUUUUGUUUCCUUUUGCUUUCUUAAUUAAGAAAAUACUUCAGUUAUCAUUCCCAGACAAUUAUGGACAAUUUGGGUGUCAUGUGAGUUAAUAAUUGAAUGUUUACUGUUAGGGAUUCAUGCCCCAUUUGGCUCUCCAUACUUAAACCACAACUUUAAACCAGGGUUUAAUUUAAACCGACUUCAGAAUACGGACUGUAAUCUUUAUAAACAAUGGUUUCUGACGACAGAUUAAAAAUCUGCCCUCGAUAAUCGUGGCCUACAUGUAUUCGUCUAAACAAUUUCAUCACAAUUUUAAUUUUGCUCUCUUUUCUGAACUGAAGCAAUGAGCUACAUGUAUGGUCACAAAUCGGUCACAACUCACAAGUUUUGUAUGAUAUGUCAAGGUCAACUGCUAAUGUAGUUAGAUAUUUAAAAUGUAUAUGAUGGUUGUACAGAAGAAUUUGUUCUAUAAGCCUACAUGUUGAGCCAAAGAACAUUGCAUCUCAAAAUGGUGGCUUUUCUUUUCAUGUAGUAAAAAGCAAUAUUGUAUGUUUGUACCAUGAUGUUAAGAAGCCUAUAUUGGUAUUGAAUUUGUUUGAUACUAUAAGAGAAAGGGCUUAUUUUUUUACUUGAAAUAAUGAAAUCAUGAACUGUAAAAAAAAUGAUCAAGUACAACUUAAUAACACUGUUUGAAAUUUUGCCAGUGCUUUUCUAAUCAAAUCUUUCAGCAUUCUCUUUCUAUUUUAUGUACUCUCUCCCGAUAGAAAGUUAAAAAAAAGUGAUUAAGAGAAAAAUUGGUAUGAAUGCUUGUUCAAAUUGCAAGUGUUUAUCUGGAAGAGCACAACCCUUUUUUAAUGUUACUUUACAUGAGAUUCUACAUCUAUAUUCUACCUUUUCAAUUUGUG